AAGUAGGGCGGGUCGUCGCGCUGUCCAAACAUGGCCGUUAAGCAGUUUACUGCAUUUGCUCCUGCGUUUGGCUGAAUUAGUCAGACUUUGAGGAAGUCAGUGUCGGUCAGUACUUCAGUAACAGGUGGUUACUAAAAUGUAGACGCCCAACAGAGGUCUCUGUAUUCUCGUAGUGAGCUAAAAGUUGAGCAGUAACAGUGUUUACAAACUUUACUCCGUAGUUGACGCUAACUAACGCGGCAAGCUAACACCGACAUUAACUUGUGUCAACUUUUUCCAAAGCAGCUAGCAUAAUUUGCGACCUGACGGCUGACGGAAAUGGAGGAGCGCCUUCGUUCAACCGAGCAUUCUGUGUGAUUAUUCUCCCGCUAAGGCCGCUUUCGGGUCGUCCUUCAAGGCAGACUUUGACUUCUUGAAGGCUCAGUUUGAGCUGUUUUUCCACUGGCAGCGAACAAGCGCUUUGCAAAACGCCCAUUUAGGAAGAUCAGCGACAGGGCGGACAUAAACGAUGUUUUCUGUCAAACCCAUCAAACCAACCUUCAAGUGCUAUCUUCCUCCUGUGCAGAGUGAUGUGAAGAAAACCAUUGAUCCACCCAUUAAAAAGUUGGAGCCCAAGCUACUCCCAGGAGAGAUAGUAGUAAAUGAGGUCAACUUUGUGAGGAAAUGCAUUAGCCCUGAAAGCAGCCAAGAUGACCUUUGGGGGAAGUUGAUAUGUACCAACUUUAAGGUAUCUUUCAUCCCUCAAGACUCUCCAUCUAAACAGACGUUUCAGCUAUCCCACUUGCUGCUUGGAGAGCAUGAUAUCCCCCUGACAUGUUUAGAACACGUAGUAACCGUGAAUGAUACAAAGGGGAAGAAAAAGGUUUUGGGCUCAAACCAAAAGCUCAAAUUUAACCCCACCGAGCUUAUCCUUUACUGCAAAGACUUACGGAUUAUAAGGUUCUGCUUUGAUGAGGCCGGACCCGAGAGUGCUAAAAAGGUUUGUCUUGCAAUUGCACACUACUCCCAUCCAGCUGAUCUACACCUGCUGUUUGGCUUCGAGUACCAGGGGAGGCGGUACCAUGAAUCCAAAGCUGAGCGACUCAAUGGGUCUGUCCCACGAGGCGGACUGCAGACGCCCAUAUUUGAUCGGCCGUCUGAUUGGGAUAGAGAGAUCAAGAGGACGGGCGCAUCAGAGUGGAGAGUGUGUUCCAUCAAUGAGUUUUAUCACAUCUCAUCAAGUCUUCCAGAAUUCAUUGUCGUCCCAGUUUCUCUAGCAGACCAGGAUCUGAAACAGUACUCUAUUUACUUUACUGACAACCGCCUCCCACUUUGGUGCUGGAAUCACUCCAGUGGAAGUGCUCUUGUGCGCACGGCCAGUGUGUGUGACCCAAUCCAUCAGAGGAAGCUUGAGCAGAGGAUCAUCACUGCCAUCACAAAAAGCCACCCACAGUGCAGUGAAGUCUUCAUUUCAGAUCUGGACAAGUGUCUGCCCAACAUCCAGGACAUCCAGAGUUCUUUCAUUAAAAUCAGACAGAUCUGUGUCAUUGAUCCUUUUGAGGAGUCUGAGGAAAGAUGGCUUUCAUCCAUUGAAAACUCCCGAUGGCUCGAGUAUGUCCGAGCCUUUCUGAAACAUGCAGCUGAGAUGGUUUACCACUUGGAUGGGAGGAAUGUUUCAGUAGUCCUCCAAGAGGAAGAGGACAGAGAUCUGAACUGUCUGGUGUCCUCUUUGGUGCAGCUCAUGUUGGACCCUCACUUUCGGAGCCUUUCUGGAUUUCAGAGUUUGGUGCAAAAGGAGUGGGUGAUGGCAGGCCACCGCUUCUUGGAUAGAUGCAACCACUUAAAGAAGAAUGACAAAGAGGAGUCCCCUGUGUUCAUGCUGUUUCUGGACUGUGUAUGGCAAAUGCUGAACCAGUAUCCAGCUGCUUUUGAGUUCACAGAAGCGUACCUGACAGUGCUAAGUGAUAGCAUGUGGAUUCCGCUAUUUAGCACUUUCCUCUUCAGUUCUCCUAAACAGCGUGCUCAGUACUUGAUGGAUUUUGCCAGGAAUAAAGCCAUCCCUCAAGGGGAGGACCCAGUUGUGUACUUCCCUCCUGUUUGGGACUGGUCACAGCAGUUCUCAUUGAAAGACCAAACCCUCUUCAAUAACCCCAUGUAUGUUGGCAAAGGAGCUGCCUGUGUUCUCAAUGGGGAAGUGAAAAGUUUUAGGCGCACAAAGAAAUAUGGUUCCAUCAUGCGAGGAGCCUCUGCAUCCCUGCGUAAUGGACUGAAAGGUACGGACGAUGUGCUAACCCGGCCGGGCUCCCUGGGGACCGAUCUGAAGUCUGAGUUCUCAGUGAUGAAAGAUGUGGUGGAGAGCCCGUCUGAGCGCUUCUUCAGGGAUUGGUUCUCCCGGCCCGCCAACCAGCAGGGCCUCCUGAUUCCCUUGCUCACACCCUCUCACUUGGCCCUCUGGAAGCUCUAUUUUCUUCGCUGGGUGCCGGAAGCCUGCAUUCCCAAGGGGGGAUCCAUCACUGCCUACCACAAGCUCUCGCAGCUGGUGGAUGAAAUCGAGACGUUACGAGACCACCUCAGGCAGUACAAGGCACCCACUCCACACGGCACACCUCUCCCUAGCCCAAGAGGGCCCUCUGCUGACCAAAGGCGGAUGUAUUUUAAGGCAGCUUCCCCAAAUGAUUCCCCUCCAGAAUUCCUUUCCUCCUCCUUUCCUUUCACCCCCGUAGGCAACUUGUGUCGCCGCAGUAUCUACGGGACCCCCAUCAGUAAAUUUCUGAAUGGGGCGAGGAUCUGGCUCUCCACGGAGACGCUUGCUAAUGACUCCUUCUAAGGAUGUGUGCUUAUUUAAAUUGCUGUUACCACUUUCGUAAAUAUGCAAGUGACUAAUAGAAAAAUAACUUCUGACUUUUUCAAAAUUCUUUGUAAGCUAGAAUUUUCAUCAUUGAUGCUGCAUCAAAAUCAACUGGAAGACCAUCAACAGUUUGAUCAUCCCUACAAGUUCAACAAUUUGGAAUACAGAAGUACAGUGGAUCCCCCACAUAUUUACAGUUCAGCAUUUGCCAACCACACGAGUUAGAUUUUUGUUUAAAUCAUAAUUUUUUUUAAAUAUAUAUUUUUUUAUUUGUGGGGAUAACCUCCCCAUUUGUGCUUUUUCUGCCCUUUUUUUAGAAAAUCCAUACAUUCACCUUAAGUCUGUAAUAAUGUGUAUAUAUGGGAUAAUAAUAAAAUAUCAUUAUAAUAAAUAACUGCAUAAUACAGGAUUCAGUAGGGGGUGUGAAGUCAGCCAGUGUUAAGAUUGGAUUGUAUUUACCUUGUUAGCUUCUUUAGUCAGUGCACAGUGGUGAUUCAAACAAUGGGGAGAGUUUUUGUAGCUCAAUCCAAUCUAAUCACAACAUGAAUUUUUAUUGCAAAUGCUGAUGUGAAAUCAGGAGACAUCAACCUCAAGAUAACGGGAGUGCUUAUGAUGUAGGAAUAUCACAAAUAUAUAUUUUUUGGCGUCUCAAAUUACAAGUUUAACAGCCACAAAGUGUGGGGAUCUACUGUACAUUCUCUCUGUUGGCCAGUCAUGUGACCUCAUACUGUGAAACAUAGAAUUUUGUAUUAUACAUUCAUUUUCAUUUUAUUUUCCACUUAAUCUCCCCUCAAUUUAACUUAAGAUAAAAGCUCUUUGGUAAUCGUGUAUGAUCCACAGAUGUUGCAUUUAGGGAACUUACUGAGCUGUGAUGUCAUACUGUGGGAUCAGACUGGUGCCGCUGGCCUUCAGGAUUUCAAUGCCGCAACAAUGAUGUUUCGUCAACACUGAUUUCCUAGAUAAUGUGUCCCUUUCAUGAAAUGUAUUGCAGAUUUUGAACUAGGAUCCGAAUAUAACACUACUCACCGUCACGUUGCGCGUGGUGGAAACAAAAUGGGACUUUACUGGUUGAAUGUAUUGGUUAGUGUCUGUGUGGGAGUGUGUGAGUUGCCUUGCACAAACUUAAUGCUACUUGCAAGUUCUAUUGCUUGUAUUGGGAUAUUGCUGUUUUUAGCACAUUGUCUGAAUUCAGGGUGUCAUUUCUUUUUUUGUUUUAGCUCUUUUUAUAGCAAACAUAAGAACCUUAACACUUUCAGGGAGAGACAUAGUUUGUCUCUCAUUUCAGAGGGGUUUCUUAGAGGCCUUAAGCUGUUAACCAGUCCUUUCCACCCCUCAUAUAUUUCCUAACUGCUGAACCAAAGAGUGGUUUGUGAAAGAGUGUAUUGAUCAUCAGUGUAAUGCUCUUAAAAGGUGUUGACAAACUAGUAGCGUUUAAUAUCGGAAUAACAAAUAUAAUAUUUUUUGGCAAUAACACCCUCAAUUGCGGGAGUGUGUGUAGUGUGUGAGUGCCCUACAAAAAUGCUAUUAAUUGCACAUUUUACCCAAUUUAUAGUUUUAAGGUGGUUGAAAAUAAUCUCUUCGUUCUAAAUGCUUGACAUUUUUUGAUUAUUUUUUGAGUAAUGGUACUAGAUAUGACUGUAAUCUUAAUUUUAUUUGAUGGAGAAAUAUUUAUAUGAUGUUUUCCACCCUCUCACUCGGUCUGUUGUAUUAUUCUCUGCUGUAUUAUAUGAUGACUGUGUUUCCACUGUGACACAGUUUGAUAUUCAAUAGCAGUACAUUUAUUUAUUCACAAUAUGCAAAUGUCUAAGAGGAAGGUGCAACUACUCUUAGUCUUUGGUGCCUUUGGGAAGAAUUUCAAUCUAUACUCUAUAUCUGUUGAUUUAAAUCAAGUCUUAAAACUGUUAACAGGUACCGCACUGAGGUUUUCCUGCCAGUAAAGGGGACUCAAACAUGUACCAAUGACUAAUCAAUACAUUUUUUUUCAGCUGA